GAUCUGGUAACGGAAAGGGGCGGGGUGCCUUUCCGAGCUUGGACCUCGUGCCCCAGGCUGCGUAGGUGGACGGCGGCGGAUCCUGACGCGAGCGCAGGCGGUGCGGGAGAUGGCUGAUUCUGAUCCUGGAGAAAGAAGCUAUGACAACAUGCUGAAAAUGCUGUCAGACCUGAAUAAAGACUUGGAAAAGCUACUAGAAGAGAUGGAGAAAAUCUCAGUGCAAGCCACAUGGAUGGCCUACGACAUGGUGGUGAUGCGCACCAACCCCACGCUGGCGGAGUCCAUGCGCCGGCUGGAGGAUGCCUUCCUCAACUGCAAGGAGGAGGUGGAGAAGAACUGGCAAGAGCUGCUCACUGAGACCCAGCACAAACAGUAGGCCCCCUGCCCAGCCACGGCCACCGUGCUUCUGCCUGCCGGUGUGGAGAAGCCCCGGGGACACAGAGCCCUCUCUGCUUGGCACAGUAACAGCAACCGUAAUAUAUAGCUGUAGGAACUGUACUUGUUUUUCAAUAAACUUAUUUUUAAGA